CAACAUAUCUUGCUAGCCGGAGCGAAAAGUACCCACGUUCAACUGUUGUGUGGUUGAUUGUUCGUCAAACUGGAAGGCAGCGACUGACAAGCUAUUUGAGUAGACAGCGAGCUGGCUAAUAGCUUCUGCUUGGUGCUUCAGCUGUUAUUUGGACAGGAGUUUCGGAUUUCAAGAUAAAAUGGAUGGUGAAGAGAAGACCUACGGUGGCUGUGAAGGCCCAGAUGCCAUGUAUGUGAAGCUGAUCUCUUCUGAUGGCCAUGAGUUCAUAGUGAAGAGAGAACACGCCUUGACCUCAGGGACCAUCAAAGCCAUGUUGAGUGGACCAGGUCAGUUUGCAGAGAAUGAAACCAACGAAGUGAACUUCAGAGAGAUCCCCUCCCAUGUCCUGUCCAAGGUGUGCAUGUACUUCACCUACAAGGUCCGCUACACCAACAGCUCCACGGAGAUCCCAGAGUUCCCCAUCGCCCCGGAGAUCGCCCUGGAACUACUCAUGGCUGCCAACUUCCUGGAUUGUUAGCUCAAAGAAAUGUAGCAACUGAAACUCUUUAAAACAACAAAAAAAAACAUUUGUUUUGACUAUUUAACUUUGUUUCAGAUAUAAAACUAAACCGUGAAUGAUGAGUACUUUGUCAGUAUGCUUUUAAGCUUUUGUUUAUUUAUAUAUCUUUUUUUUUUGCUACAGGCUUUAUGUCCACCUUUUUUAUUGGUUAGUAGUGAGUCUCAUUUGAAUAUAAUAAACUAAUAUGGCUGCACCAGUUGCUCCAGAAUGUGGCACCUGGUAAACAAUCGUUCCUUAUCUCCCACCACAAUAAAGGAUGUUUGGUGAGUGUU